UUCGCCACCGCCUCCUCCCGCCCACAGCCAUGGCCGACGUGGAGGACGGAGACGAGCCCGGCAUUUCUACUUCUCACUCGGGUUCUUCUGGCGCCAAAGCUGGCGGCGCCGACAAAAUGUUCUCGCUGAAGAAGUGGAACGCCGUGGCCAUGUGGAGCUGGGACGUCGAGUGCGACACCUGCGCCAUCUGCCGGGUGCAGGUCAUGGAUGCCUGUCUUAGAUGUCAAGCUGAAAACAAACAAGAAGAUUGCGUUGUGGUCUGGGGAGAGUGUAAUCAUUCGUUCCACAAUUGCUGCAUGUCACUGUGGGUGAAACAGAACAACCGUUGUCCCCUCUGCCAGCAGGACUGGGUAGUCCAAAGAAUAGGCAAAUAACACGGUUUUCAGCUAUUGCACCAAAAUUGUUUGAAAUGAUAUACAACUAGUGGUAUACUUUGUCUAUGAAGGAAGUCAUAGUAUGGCGAAUUCCAUCAUAUUUAUUUAUGUCUACACAGGGACUUGGAUUUGAAUUUUUUGUAUAAGUUCACUGGUUUUUUGGUCUUUAAAAAUCUU